UUGCAACUUUGUUGUCCCUCCUACCGUUGCCUAGAGACCAACUGCGAGCGUCAGGUCUGGUGUAUCACACAGCGCCAUACAGACAAACUCAAUUAGGUUUAAACCCACUGAUCUAUAAUAGAGAAACAUAUAGAUCAGUGUUUAAACCCUUAUCAUUACGUUGCUGUUAACCAGGUUUUAUUUUAUUUUUUACAACAACAAAACUGUUGAGUUUCCCCGUACUUUGCUCAUAAGCAUUAAAAUGAGUUUCCCAAAUGUAGACUACAUUAGACCUAAUAUCAUUACUUUAAUGUUUGUUACUCCGCCAUGUUCUUAAUGUUUGUGUGUGUUUGUCUUUAUUUUAUUUAUUUAUUUAUUAUUAUUAUUUUUUUUUUGGAGUCUUAACGAAUAUUCAUGUCUUGACAUGUGGCAAUAAGACAAGUUUGCAGUAGGAACUCCAUCCCAAAGAGACUGACCAAUAGGAGAGCUGAGCGCAUUACACGCUUAACGUGUGCAAACAGUGUCUGGAUAAAAGUGCAGCAAUAUUAACAGCACGUCUGUUACUGUCACACGCAUUGCCUGCAGGGAACAUAUCUUUUGGAAACAGAAAUGUUUUUAAACCAUGUGCUUUUCACUGUUGCCAUUUUUUUGCUUCACUUUCUUUUAACUAAGGCAACGGAAUUACCCAGCUGCAAAGAGUCUGAUUACCAUUUUGAGUACACAGACUGUGAUGUUUUGGGCUCUCGAUGGAGAGUGGCGAUACCCAACAAGCCUGAGACCUGCACUGGUUUACCUGAUCCAGUCAAAGGCACCCAUUGCACGUUUAGCUGUAAUGAUGGCGAAUUUCUGGACAUGAGGACUCAAGAGUGUCAGAAGUGCGUCGCAGGGACCUAUUCUCUUGGGACGGGUGUUGCUUUUGACGAGUGGGACACUUUGCCCACUGGCUUUAUAAGCCAUGGCAUUACUAUUAACUUUGGAUACACUCACACAAAUUGCUCCAACUCAACAUGGAUCCCGAAAGGUGAUUAUAUUGCCUCUAACACAGAUGAGUGCACUUCAACCCUUUCCUAUGCUGUGAGUCUAAAGAAGCCUGGAUCUGUGUCCUUCCAGUACUUCUAUCCUGACAACCGCAUGUUUUUUGAGUUUUAUGUUCAGAAUGACCAGUGUCAGUCUACAGAAUCUCAACGUCGUUGGAUGAAAAUAUCAGAAAGUGACUGGGAUUAUCAUUAUGUACAGCUGAGUAGUGGUAACAAUGUCUUGUACUGGAGAACAACAGGUUUCUCUCUGGCUUCCAACACUGCCAAACCAGUUCUACUGAAGAACAUUGCCAUCUCAGGUGUCUCGUAUACAUCUGAAUGCUUUCACUGUAAGCCUGGUACCUAUAGUGAUAAACCAGGGGCUGCCCGCUGUAUCCCAUGCUCUGCUAAUUCGUACUCUAAUAAGGGAGCCACUGCGUGCCAACCUUGUGAAGCAGACAAAUAUUCAGGAAUUGGAUCUGGAAGCUGUCUACAGCGACUGCCCUGCACAACAACGGAUUACUUCUAUACUCACACACCAUGUGACUCCAGUGGUCAGACGCAACUGAUGUAUAAGUGGAUCGAGCCAAAAAUCUGCAGUGAGUCUGUGGAGGGGGCAGUGCAGCUUCCGGUCUCAGGGGAGAUGAUGGCCUGCCCUCCAUGCAAUCCAGGAUUCUUCUCCAGCAACACCUCCACCUGUGAACCCUGCCCACAUGGCUUCUAUUCCAAUGGGACAGAAUGUUCAGAGUGUCCUGCUGGAACAGAACCAGUCGUGGGUUUUGAAUAUAAAUGGUGGAACAAAAUGCCCAGCAAUAUGAGGAGCUCAGUCUUCAGUUCAGAAUACAGCAGCACUGAAAGGAUGACAGGCUGGGAGGUUGCGGGUGAGUACAUCUACACCACACCAAGCAAUCAGGACUCUGACUACAUGAUGCUGACGCUCACAGUACCUGGAUACAGCCUGCCUCAUUCCCUGAGUGAAGACAAUGAGAGAGUUCAGCUUUCCAGAAUAACAUUUGUGUUUGAAACAAAGUGUACAGCCGAUUGUAAACUGUAUUUCCUGGCAGGGAAAAAUGAAUGGAGUAAUAUUGUGGAGAGUUGGUCUGGUACUAUGGGGAAGCAAUCCUACUCUUAUCUUAUUAAAAGCAACAACACUGUUAGUUUCACCUGGGCUUUUCAGCGCACUGGGAUCUUCAGCAUGAAAAAUGAAUACAGCUCUGACUAUGCUAAGAUCUACUCUGUUCACCUCACUAAUGUGAUUGGGGGUGUGGCUUCAGAGUGUCAUCAGUGUGCUCUGGCUGCAGUCGACUCUGACUCAGGCUGCGUGCCCUGCCCUCAAGGGCACUACAUGCUGAAUGGCACUGGAGUGUGUGAAAGCUGUCCCUCAAAUACCAUCAUCAGGCCCGAGCAGCCAAUCGGAAAGCAAGCCUGCAUACCUUGCGGACCCAAUACCUACAGUAAUAAAGGCCGUUCUGCAUGCAUGAGUGACUGUACAUUAGCACUGCAUCAUAAAGGAGAAAUGCUGAAUUAUGAUUUCUCUCCGCUGGCAAAUGUCACAGGCUUCCAGGGCAUCCCACGCUUCACCAGUAAAGGGCUGCAGUAUUUCCAGCAUUUCAGUGUGGCGCUGUGUGGGACAGAAAACAGGGCUCUUGCAUCCUGUUUGGAAAAUGUGACUGAAAGCAAGAGGGAUGUAAAAGGCUACAUCUGUCAGUCUACUGUAGUGCCUUCUGAAGUCAGGGGUCAGAGUGUUGUGUCCUCCCAGCCCUUCAGUAUUGGAGAUAGUUUAAUCGGAGUGACUACUGACUUUAAAUUUGAUGACAUCUCAUCAUUGGAUGGCAACUUUCCUGUUGAAUCAGAGUUGCCUGAUGUCAUAUUCUACUACAGAUCUAGAGAAACUACACAAGCAUGUAAAAAUGGAAGAUCUGCCUCCAUUAGGCUCCGAUGUGAUCCCACUGUAACACUGAAGAACCACGUUUCGCUUCCAAGUAACUGCUCUGAGGGCACCUGUGAUGGCUGCUCCUUCCAUUUCCUGUGGCGCUCCGAGCAUGCCUGUCCUCUCUGCUCUGAGAGGAACAUUAAGGAGAUAGUGAGCGCUUGUAUCCAAGGAAUUCAGAGGACUACUUAUGUGUGGCAGCAACCUCUGAGGUGUACAGGUGGGGUGUCACUGCCUCCUCAAAAGAUCAGUGCCUGUGUGACACUAGACUUCUGGCUGAAGUUUGGUGUCUCUGUCGGAACUGUUGCCGCAAUAUUGCUCAUUACCAUCAGCUGCUACUUCUGGAAAAGGACACGCAAGCUGCAGUAUAAGUACUCAAAGCUAAUGAUGACUGCAGGAGAUAAGGAGUGUGAACUUCCAGCUGCAGAUAGCUGUGCCAUCAUGGAAGGAGAAGAUGCAGAGGAUGACCUCAUCUACCUCUCCAAGAAGUCUUUCUUCACUAAGAUCAAGUCAUUUUCCAGGGAGAGAACGUCAGAUGGCUUUGAUUCUGUUCCCCUAAAAUCAUCAGCUGCAAUGGAGAUGGAGAUGAACUAGAUCUUCUCAGAUAUGGGGAGAGCCAUCAAGAAAUGUUUGGCCUGUCAGAAGAGAAGAUCAGCACUAUAUUUUACAAUAUAACAUUGAUACUUUUAUUCCAAAAGAGAAAAAUAUUGAAAAAUAAGUCUGCCUUAUUCAAGUCUCCUCAUAAACCUGUUGUUUCAAUUGCAUCUCCUCUGUAUUCAGCAGACCAGAGGCAAGAGUGGCAUAAGAAGAAAUUAUGCUGUGUGUGUGACACACACACACACACACACAAAAUACCUAUUAUUUUGUUUAUAUUGUUCUACACAUUUCAUUUAAUACCAAACACAUAUGCUUGUGAAAGAUAAUGCUGAAAAACUUACAAUGCAUUUGUUUGACAUGCCAUUUUGUUAUAUAUAUAUAAAAAAAAAUAAGAAAAAAAAUAUAAUAAUUUUAUAAAUCAUUCAAAUGUUUUGGUAUACUAGCAUUAAUGUUUUGAAGACCUUUUUUUUGUUUUGUUAUUUGUAUAUUAGGAAAUGCCAUCUUGUUUGUAAUGGGUGUCUUAAAUAAUAUAGCCUACUAGAUAAAGCUAAUGUGUCUAUUGUUUAUUAAAUAUUGAGAUUAACUAUAAUUAUACCAAACUACAACAAGAAAUAAUAUCAUAACAAUAAUAUAAGGACAAGAAUUAAAACACAAAUGUAUAGCUUCUAUUUGCUAUUAAAAAUAAUUGAUCUUGCUG